AAAGUAAACGGUUCCUAACAAUGGGAGAAGUUAAUAACGUGAAGAACUCAAAGCCACGGCUUCUGACUGUCUGGAAAACCUGCAACGCUGUUAUGUCUUUAUUCUUCACCCUCGCAUCAUACGUCCAGAGAAUUUUCUGGUCUCAUGCUGAUGGCUGUUUGGCUCCUCCUGUGUCGCCACUCUGGAAGAGCUCCUGUUGGGAUGCUGCGUGUGUCUACAGCUGUUGCCAUCACAGUUUUUCCUAUUGUAGCCUGGCUGUAUUACUACACCAAUAAGGAGCUGAGAUCAAACUGGCCUUCACAUUGUAAAACUGCUAUUUAGGACAGCUACUUCUCCCUUUGAUUACAAAAGUUAAAUAGACUGAAAACUGUACUUUGAAAAUGCUGCUUUGUUUGAUUAAUUCACUAUAAAUAUAAAAGUUUAAUCAAUGGCACUAAAAUUCAAAUUCAAUUCAAAAUGUUAAUCUUUGUAAUCCAGUGAUUAUUGGAGAGGUGUUUCAUUAGUUGGGGAGAUUAAAUUUUAAUUAACAUGAUAUUAUGUUUGUAAUUUUUUUAUUUGAUAAUUUGCUAGAUGAAGUAUGUGAAUGAAUAAAACAUGUUUCAGUAGUGACAGGUUUUCUACACUAGAUGGUAGCAGAGAGCUCAAACACUAGACCCACCAAAGAAGAAGAAGUUCGUCACACGUUAUGGCCGAUCUCAGAACAGUGUGGUUAAUUUUUUGAAGGACCCGUGUACAUGAUAACGAAUGUAAAUAACUGACCAGAGAACAGUAGUUCUCCCCCGCCCUGUGUCGUUUUAUCUAACGCGCAGCCGCUUCCGGAUCGCUGCCGCGGUUCUGUCAAGGUCCAAACAACCAUGAGUGUGUUAAAUCAGAGCAUGUGCUGCCGGUUAUUCCACAGUAGAGUCCUACAGAACCGAGCUGUCAGGCUUGCAUACACUUUUAUCCAGAGACCAACUGGACGGAACUACUUUCUGUCAACGCGAAGAGCUCAUUGCUACCUGGUAGGUCAACGGUCAAGCACCAAAACUCCGCCAAGAACUUGGAGGAUUUUAGGUUUUCAUCUGAAAAAUGUGGGUGCAAGCCAGUGGCACACCUGCAGAUCAACACACCUGUGCUUCUCCAGGGCAUUCUCCUCAAUGCCACCACCACCUUCCUCAGGCGACCAGUCCAAGAAGUCUGGGCCCGUGACGUGGAAGUCGUUAGCGGUAACUUUUGCUAUUGGCGGUGCUUUACUGGCAGGGAUGAAGUACCUCAAGAAAGAGAAGGAGGAGUUGAUUGAAAAAGAGCGAAACAAAUCGAUUGGAAGGCCGGCGCUGGGCGGCCCCUUCUCACUCGUGGAUCACAACCAUAAGCCGUGCAAGAGUGAGGACUUCUUUGGACGCUGGGUCCUGAUCUACUUUGGGUUCACGCACUGCCCCGACAUCUGCCCAGACGAAAUAGAAAAAAUGAUGGAAGUGGUGGAUGAGUUGGACAAUAUCAAGUCUCUUCCAAACCUGACUCCCAUCAUCAUCACCAUCGAUCCUGACAGGGACACUCCAGAGGCCAUGGCUGCGUAUGUGAAAGAAUUUUCCCCAAAGCUGAUUGGUCUGACGGGGACGAAGGCGCAGAUCGAGGAGGUCUCCAGAGCGUACAGGGUUUACUACAGCCAGGGCCCAAAGGACGAGGACAACGACUACAUCGUGGAUCACACCAUUAUCAUGUACCUGGUGGGGCCACAUGGGGAGUUUGUUGAGUUUUAUGGACAAAACAAAAGAAGUGUGGAGAUCAUCAGCUCCAUAGCUGCACAGAUGAGGAGAUAUAAGACGGGGAAAUGAGCUGUGAUGGCGUUGCUGCUUGCUGCUGCUCUGGUUUGUUCUGUGUUUUAUUUUCUGCACAUUAUCAGAUUAGGGCGUGUGAGUGCUGUGAUUUUAUUUUAUUUGAUGCAGAUCGAUGCUUUUCUAUAUCAUUUUUCUACAGAAACAUUAAACAGUGUUUUGUUGUUAAAACAGAAGCAAGAAUGUCUUAUUUUGUGACACAAGUUAGGACUCAACAUCUCACCGACGAGACGAAGCGACACGUCGAGAGAGGAAUUUAAGAGAUUAUCAGUUUCUGCUGCUGAGUGAACCAAAUGAGUCCUUCCUGUUUCCUUUCAGAUGGAUGUGUGAGGUGUUAAUGAGCAGACUGUGGACAAUCUGGGUUGUCUGAUAAUAAAUAACACAAUGGGUUGGUUCUCUGUAUUUUUCUCAUGCAUGCAUAGAAAAAGUAAGGAGGGCGAGGAUGUUGAGCUUUAUCUCAAAAUGUUGAGAAUAAAGUUCAGUUUAUUUAUUUUACAGUGCCACAACACAACAAGAGUCGUCUCAAGGCUCUUCACACAGUAAACAUUUCAAUACGGUUCAGUUCA